AUGCCAUCAGCACCCAUAGCAACUCCCCCCGAAGAGGUCAUGAACCCCGCCGAUGAAGAGUUCUACGCUUCUUGGGGUCUCUGUAUUCUCUGUGUUCUCCUCAUCGGCGCUCUCUGCACAUCAUACUAUCUCCAAAUCAAAAGGAUUAGAGCAGUCCACGAGACUGUAGUGUCGAUCUUUGCAGGGAUGGUAGUGGGGUUGAUCAUUCGGCUGAGUCCGGGACACAUGAUCAGAGAGAUGAUGAGUUUCAAGCAUACAUUCUUCUUCAAUGUGCUUCUGCCGCCCAUUAUUCUCAACUCUGGGUACGAGCUCAAGCAGGAAAACUUCUUCCGGAACUUUGCGACCAUUCUCACUUUCGCCUUCCUCGGCACCUUUAUAUCCGCCGUCGGCAUUGGAGUCCUCGUCUACAUCUGGUCGUUCCUCGGGCUGGAGGGUCUCAAGUUCACCCUCCUUGAAUGCCUUAUCUUUGGCUCGACCUUGUCAGCAACAGACCCUGUGACAAUCUUGGCUAUAUUUAAUACGGCCAAGGUAGACCCUAAACUCUACAGUAUUAUCUUUGGUGAGAGUAUCUUGAACGAUGCUGUCAGUAUCGUCAUGUACGAGACCCUCUCCCAAUUCCACGGCGAAGAUAUCUACAUCUCUUCCAUAUUCCACGGUGUUGGCAUCUUCCUCUUCUCCUUCAUCACAUCGAUGGCGCUUGGUGUUGCGUUCGGCCUUGUGUGCUCUUUGGGACUGAAGCAUUCGCAUCUGGCGACAUACCCGCAUAUUGAGAGUUGCAUCGUGACGCUAGUGGCGUAUACCAGUUACUUUUUCAGUAACGGUGUUACCAUGAGCGGAAUCGUGUCCCUCUUGUUCUGCGGAAUAACGCUCAAACAUUAUGCGUACCAUACCAUGUCUCGAAGAACGCAAAAGACGACAAAGUACAUGUUUGGUGUUCUUGCGCAGCUGUCUGAGAAUUUCAUCUUCAUCUACCUCGGUCUGAACUUGUUUACCCAAGACGUGCAAGUAUUCAAGCCAUUGUUCAUUCUCGUCUCUGCUAUCGCUGUGAUGGCUUCACGCUACGCCGCAGUCUUCCCUCUCUCGGAACUCAUCAACUGGGUCUUCCACACCCGCGGUCAACGUGCCGAAGAGCUUCCCCACUCGUACCAAAUGAUGCUCUUCUGGGCCGGUCUGCGUGGUGCCGUCGGUGUCGCCCUCGCCGCAGGUAUCACUGGCGACAACGCGGACGCCCUCCGUACGACGAUCCUGGUGGUUGUCGUGCUGACUGUGAUUGUGUUUGGAGGAACGACCUCGAGGAUGCUGGAAGUGCUGGGGAUCAGAGUAGGGGUGGAAGAUGAAGACGCGAGUUCCGAUGAGGAGGAAGGAUGGAAUGCGUACGGCGGGCAUGGAGGGUUGGCGUUGCUGAAUGGCCCUGGGUCGCGCCAGUAUGCUGGUCAGAACGGUCGCGCAGGGUGGGACAACCCGUCAGAGAUCGACCUUCACUCUCCCGGCGGUUCGCCUUACUCCCAGUCCCUCAAAUUGUCUGGGCAAGGCGCGAGGAGCCGGCAGUCGAGCAGAGGUUAUGGCGUCCGCAGCGGUUUCUCCACAAACAGCGAAGAAUCUGAUGAAGGCGAGGUCCUUCCUGCAGCUGGACCUUCUGGCUAUGCUCAAAACGCUUACGACGCCGAAGCCAACACAACCACUUCCGGCGCUCCUGGCGGGCCAGGUAUGAUUUUCCGCGACGGCCAGUGGUUCACUGCCUUGGAUGAACGAUACCUCUUACCGCUGUUCUCCAACUCGGUGACGGCGAGGCGGCAUCAUGCGAAGAAGGCAGUCAAGCGGGGUACGGCAGCGGCGGCGGCUGGCGCUGCUGGGUCGGUUUCUGGUGGAGGGAGCGGGGCUGGGACGCCCAGAGGGGUCAGUUUUGAGAUGGCAGAUGAGGGUUACGGGGGAGAUAUGGAGAAUGAGAUGGGAAAGAACAAGGCAUUGCCGAGGACUUUCAGGUGA